ACUAAUUAGCAACACGUGCGCAGUGCUGUUUGGGUUAUUGUUUUUCAGACAAUUUAUUUUGACUUCUACGUAGUACGUACAACAUGGGACGCGGCAAGAAGAAAGUGCAUCCCAAAACUCGCACAGCUGCUUUUAAAGCCAGCGAACCAAGCGAAAUUGUCGAGGCACCCCAUUCAUUUGUCAUACACCGAGGACUUACAUGUCCAUAUAUCACAGAUCUAACUUUAGAUUUUCGGCGGAUUAUGGAACCGUUUACGGCAAGCAAUUUACGGGAGAAGCGCAUGAAUCGCAUCAAGGAUUUUGUUAGCCUGAGCAGUUUCUUUCAUGUCUCCCACAUGGCCAUCUUUAAUAAGGCAUCUACACAAUUAUCCUUUAAAGUAGUGCGACUUCCACGAGGUCCCUCACUCACAUUCAAGGUGCACCAAUUUACUCUCGCCCGGGAUGUAAUCUCCAGCAGUAAGAAGCAAAUGAUUGAUCCAGAUCACUUUAAACAUGCUCCAUUGGUCAUAAUGAAUAACUUCAGUGGUGAUGGCAAGCAUCUCAAGUUGAUGGCCAAUACAUUUCAGAAUAUGUUCCCUGCUAUUAAUCUGGCCCAGGUUAACAUUGGCACCAUAAAACGAUGCGUUUUAUUUUCCUACAACCCAGAAACCAAAUUGGUCGAGAUGCGUCACUAUUCGGUGCAAGUGGUGCCAGUGGGUUUAAAGCGUUCCGUUCAGAAGAUUCUGAAAGGUUCUGUGCCGAAUCUGAAUAAAUGCAAUGAAGUGGUGGACUUUGUGACCAGAGAUGGCUAUGCCUCUGAAUCAGAGGUUGAGGAUGACGAGCAAUCUCACGUAGUUCUAGCCCAAACUUUAAAAAGCAAAGGCAAUCUGGAGGAUAAUAAAAGUUCAAUCAAGUUGCAUGAGAUCGGACCACGUUUAACAAUGCAAUUGAUUAAAAUCGAAGAGGAAUUGCUUACGGGUGAAGUUCUUUAUCAUGAUCACGUUGUCAAAACAGAGGAUGAAAAGGAAACGAUGAGAAAAUUAAUUGAAAAGAAGAAGAAAAUGAAAGAGCAACGCAAGAAGGAGCAAGCUGAAAAUAGGGCACGCAAUCUAAAGCUAAAGAAGGCUGAAAAGGUACAACAGAAAAGAGAUGCAUCAAAGAAUGAGGAUGAGGAUGUGUAUGAGAGCGAUGAUGAUGCAAAGUACUACAAGGAGGAAGUGGGAGAAGAACCAGAUGAAGAACUCUUUAAACACGAUGAGAAAUCUUCAAGGAAACGGACAAAACUUCCCGGCAACAUGAAAUACAAAAAUAAGAAAGCCAAAUUGGACCAGAACCAGAAACGGAACAACAAUAAGAUGAAUAAAACCAAAUAGAUUUUGUAUAAGAAAAAAAAUAUACAUAUAUUACAUAUAUAAUUUUAGCUAAA